CGAGGACUGCAAACAAUGUCUUAAACAUGCUGGGUGAUGUAAUGAAUUCACUUUUUUAAGUUUUAUUUGGAUGGGAACUAUGGCCUAUCAUGCUGGUUUGUCAUGUCGGCCGCAACUGAGACUCACAACAUUCGGUAUCAUAUGCUCGUCUCAGGUUGGUGUCUCGAGGCGACAGGCUUUGGAGCAACUGGAUAAGAAGCUGGCCGAGGACGACGACAGGGCAGCACUCUCACUUGCUAAGGAUUUGCAAGGCAAGCCUGGGGGGCUUCAAUGCUUUGGGGGUGCUAGACAGGUGCCCCAAAGACUUUAUUCCUUGGAUGAAUUGAGGCUGAAUGGAAUGGAAGCAUCGUCUCUUUUAUCACCGGUGGAUGUAACACUUGGUUCAAUAGAAAGAAACCUGCAACUUGCUGCUGCUCUGGGAGGGCUUGCUGCCUGGAGUGUGCUUGGCUUUAGCCCACAACAAGUUCUAUAUUUUUCUCUGGGGCUGCUGUUUCAAUGGACACUGGAUUCAGUCUCUUUUGAUGGAGGUGUUGGUAGCUUGGUUCUUGAUACAAUUGGGCACACAUUUAGUCAGAAGUACCACAAUAGGGUUAUUCAAAACUUUUUGUUAUGUCAAUAUGGACCCCAUGUGCAGCAUGAAGCUGGCCAUUUCUUAAUCGCUUACUUAGUGGGCAUUCUUCCCAAAGGAUACACACUAACUAGUUUGGAAGCUUUGAAGAAGGAAGGAUCUCUAAAUGUUCAAGCUGGGACUGCUUUUGUGGAUUUUGAAUUUGUUGAAGAAGUUAAUGCAGGAAAAGUAUCUGCUACAACACUGAACAGAUUCUCAUGUAUAGCACUGGCGGGUGUGGCGGCUGAGUAUCUUUUAUAUGGAAUUGCUGAGGGAGGCCUUGCUGACAUUAACAAGUUGGACAUGCUACUCAAAAGCUUGGCCUUCACACAGAAGAAAGCGGAUUCCCAAGUCAGAUGGUCUGUACUGAAUACAGUCCUACUUUUGCGGCGCCAUGAAUAAGCACGAGCUAAGCUUGCAGAGGCCAUGUCCAUGGGAAAGUCUGUAGGAACUUGCAUUGGCAUUAUAGAGGAGACCAUAGAUGAUUCCAACAUCCAGCUUCAACUGGGUUGAAGUGGAGGCUGAAGAAUUCAAGCUCCAUUAACAUUUUUUUCCUUCUAAUUUUCUCUUAGGUGGUGAAUUUGAAAAGGGUAGAACAAGUGAAAGAUUUGUGAUACAAGAAGAAGGCAGUAACUCAAUGCACGAAUUUAUUUGAAAUUUUUUAUGUUCUGAAGGACCAUGUGUCCAAUUACCAAA